AUGAGCGCUGUGUGAGUGUUGCCUCGACAGUCUCCCCUCUCUCCCGCUGCCGUCGCUCUGGCCGCGUUGACGUCGACGGGACGUCGCAGCCUCGGUCAAGCGCGAGCCGGUCCUCGCUCUCGGAGAUGCUGCUGCCCUCGCUCGCACGGGAUCGAUCAUUAGCCUGCACCGCCAUGACUGGGCAUUGCACGGCUCUAUCGUGAUGCAACGAGGUGCCCUAGCAUCUUGGACGCCGUCGCACCGCAUUCGUUGACUCGUGCAGACUCGGUGAAACUGACGCCGAUCGCGAUGCCCUGCCCCGCAGCGCUGAUAUCGGAUUGAUCGGUCUGGCCGUCAUGGGCCAGAACCUGAUCCUCAACAUGUAAGUCUGUCUGCACCCUUACCCCGAGUAGGGAUGGAGGCUACCAGCGGUGACGAAGCUGAUCCGCAUCCUCUCCGCCUCGUCACCGGUCCCAUCGCGAUCUCGAUGUCGUCCUCGUUGCCAGGGCCGACAAGGGCUUCACCGUCUGUGCCUACAACCGCACGACCUCCAAGGUUGACCACUUCCUCGAGAACGAGGCCAAGGGUCAGUUUAUGUUUCUUGCCCGAUCAAAAGGGCACUCGUCGUUGGCUGUCUGGGUACAUACAUGGGACUCGACCCGGUCCGACCGAGGCGAGGCGAGGCGAGCAAGCGCCCCGUGACCGAGGGAGGGCGUCGUUGAUCCUCGUUCUUCCUCGGCGAAGCGCUGCACGCAAUGCUGGCCGCAUCGUUAGGCACACUCCUCGUCGCCAAUAAUCCUGAACUGGUGGUACACCGUCGCUAGAGCGUGAUGCUGACGUGCUCAUAUUGCUCGGUCCCGCCCUGGCCCUGUGAACCCGCUUCCAGGCAAGUCGAUCGUUGGCGCUCACUCGAUCGAGGAGCUGUGCUCCAAGCUCAAGACCCCCCGCAAGAUCAUCUUGCUCGUCAAGGCCGGUGACGCCGUCGACAACUUCAUUGAACAGCUCGAGCCCCACCUCGAGAAGGGUGACAUCAUCAUCGAUGGUGGCAACUCGCACUUCCCCGACUCGGUCCGCCGUGUCGCCGCGCUCGAGAAGAAGGGUCUCCUCUUCGUCGGCUCAGGCGUGUCUGGUGGUGAGGAGGGUGCCCGCUACGGUCCUUCCAUCAGUGAGUUGCGAAUUGCUCUUUGAGCCAGGACCGCCGGGGCCUUGAUCUGACCCACAUCGCUUUCCUCGCGUCUUCCAGUGCCCGGUGGAUCCCCCGCCGCAUGGCCCCACAUCAAGGAGAUCUUCCAAAAGACCGCUGCUCAAGUCGAUGGCCAGCCCUGCUGCGACUGGGUCGGAGAAUCCGGCUCGGGACACGUGAGUGAACGACCUGGCCGCCGGUGACCACAGCGCUCAACUGGUGCGCUGACGACUGGCCUUCGACGUCCUCACCUCGUACCACACGCAGUACGUCAAGAUGGUCCACAACGGUAUCGAGUACGGAGACAUGCAGCUCAUCACCGAGGCGUACGACAUCCUCAAGCGAGGCUUCGGCAUGUCCGAAGGAGAGAUCGCCGACGUCUUCGAGAACUGGAACAAGGGUGUCCUGGACUCGUACCUCAUCGAGAUCACGACCGACAUCCUCCGGUACAACGACGACGAUGGAGUCCCCCUCGUCACCAAGAUCUUGGACUCGGCUUCCCAGAAGGGAACCGGCAAGUGGACCGCCGUCAACGCCCUCGACCUCGGCAUGCCCGUCACCCUCAUCGGUGAGGCCGUGUUCGCCCGCUGCUUGUCGUCGAUCAAGCAAGAGCGUGUCCGCGCUUCCAAGGUCCUCGGUGGCCCUCAGAUCGAGGCCUUCACCGGCGACAAGAAGCAGUUCAUCGAUGACCUCGAGCAGGCUUUGUACGCGUCCAAGAUGAUCUCGUACGCCCAGGGCUUCAUGCUCAUGCGCGAGGCCGCAGCCGAGUACAAGUGGAACCUCAACUACGCCGGCAUCGCGCUCAUGUGGCGUGGUGGGUGCAUCAUCCGUUCCGUCUUCCUCGGCGACAUCACCGCCGCCUACACCAAGAACCCCGACCUCGAGAACUUGCUCUUCGACCAGUUCUUCAACAAGGCCAUCCUUAAGGCCCAGAGUGGAUGGCGCCGCAUCAUCGCGCAGACCGCCUUGUGGGGAAUCCCUGCCCCGGCCUUCGCGACCGCUCUCUCCUUCUUCGACGGUUACCGCACCGAGCGAUUGCCCGCUUCGCUCCUCCAGGCCCAACGUGGUGAGUACCAAGACCUGAUCGGGGGACAUGUAGACCGUCGUCACUGAUGCUGAUCUGUCUCGAUUCACCCUUUCCACCGUCGAACAGACUACUUCGGGGCCCACACCUUCAAGAUCUUGCCCGAGUUCGUCAGCGAGAAGUACGCCGAGGGUGCCGAUGUCCACAUCAACUGGACCGGACGAGGUGGCAACGUCUCCGCCUCGACUUACUCCGCUUAA